UGUAAUCCAUAGUAAUCUAGGAUGGGUUAGGUUUCUUGAAGCUGGAUACAUAUUGACCAUGAAAUGUUAGUAAAGAAGUCUCUUCCCCUUCUCAGGAGUCAGGGUUCUGCCUGGAGUUUGCAGUGAUGCCUGAGUGUCCCCACACCGAAAGGCAGGGUAAUGUAGUUGGGGAAGUUGUGUGCCAAGGCUGAGCUGGCUGUGACUGUGACCUAGAGAAAGGGCAAGGCUGGGAAUUGAACCGGGCAGGCUUCCCGGAGGAGGAGGCGGGGCCAGCUGCGUAGAACAAAGGAAGGAGUGGAUUUUUUUGCAGGUGGAAAGAGAUUGCACGGAGGUUCAGACUAGGCUGGAAACAUCCUUCCCCUCACUCCGCCUACCCCUGCCUCUCUCUCUCCGGUCCUGGGCCUUGCCUGCAGGGUCCGGGGGAGCUCCAAGUGGCGACAGCGCUGUCUUCCAGGCGGAGCCUUGCUGUGGGCUCUACGGCCGGCCAGAGCUCCCUCCCAGCGGGGGGCUCCCGCAGCCCUUACAAGGAGUUUGGCGGCUCUCCGGGCGGCCCCGCCCGCCAGCCUCCACGGGCCCCUCCUCCCGCCCGGCUGGGCCGGGCCGCGGGAGCACAGCCCUCUCCGCUCUCGACGCCGGGCCCGGCGCGGACAUCGACGGGCCCGAGCCCGCGAGUGUGAAAAGAGCCGGCGACUAGCUCCCUAGGGCCCCAACAGGCGGGCACGCGGCUCGGGGCUCUUCGGCAGAGGACUCGUGACCUUCUCAGCAGAGUCGCCAUGUCCUCGGUGUUCGGGAAACCCCGCGUGGGCAGCGGGUCGCAGAGCGCGCCCCUCGAGGUCAACCUGGCCAUCCUGGGACGCCGCGGGGCUGGCAAGUCCGCUCUGACCGUGAAGUUUCUGACCAGGAGGUUUAUCAGUGAAUAUGACCCCAAUUUGGAGGACACCUACAGCUCCGAAGAGACCGUGGACCACCAGCCUGUCCACCUGAGGGUUAUGGAUACUGCAGACCCGGAUACCCCCAGGAACUGUGAGCGCUACCUGAACUGGGCCCACGCCUUCCUGGUGGUAUACAGCAUGGACAGCCGCCAGAGUUUCGAGGACAGCAGCAGCUACCUGGAGCUGCUUGCUUUGCACGCCAAGGAGACGCAGCGCAGCUCCCCUGCCCUCUUGCUGGGCAACAAGCUGGACAUGGCCCAGUACAGGCAGGUCACCAAGGCAGAGGGUGCAGCCUUGGCUGGCAAGUUUGGGUGCCUGUUUUUCGAGGUCUCUGCCUGCCUAGACUUUGAGCAUGUGCAACAUGUCUUCCACGAGGCCGUGCGGGAGGCACGGCGGGAACUGGAGAAGAAUUCCCUGCCCCGGCCCCUCUUCAUCUCCGAGGAGAGGGCCCUGCCACACCAGGCUCCGCUUACAGCCCGGCAUGGGCUGGCCAGCUGUACCUUCAACACACUUUCCACCGUCAGUCUGAAGGAGAUACCUGCCGUGGCCCAGGCCAAGCUGGUCACUGUGAAGGCAUCCCGGGCCCAGAGCAAGCGCAAGGCACCUACCCUGACCCUGUUGAAGGGCUUCAAGAUCUUCUGAGGGCACCCCUAAGGAUCCCAGACUUAGGGGCUGUGCAGGGCUGCAGGAUAGGGGCUGACUUCUCACCACUGGCUUUCCCUCUGAUGGAACAAUAGCCCUCGCCCUCUGGCGGACAGUUGAUCCCUCUUCCAGCACCAAGUAAUUUCCCUGACACCCCGUUUACUGUGUGAACUGGAGGGACAGGCAGAAUGCUGCUCUUAGUCCCUCCAGGCCUUGGUUUCCAUGGUAACCACUGCCGUUCCCCCACCCUGAAGGGAAGUAGCCACAAGACAACACGGAGACCUGGGUCUGGCUGAAGUGGAAGGAAAUUGCAGUGUCCAUCAUGGUGCUAUCACCAUGCAACAGCCUGCUCCAGCAACAGCCAGGCCAAAUGUGGCCCCUAGUGGACAGCUCUGGAUGGAUGGUCAGCACCAGUAGGCCCUGUGUACAAGGAGGCCGGAGAACAUUCUACAGGAGCAGACUUGAAGUCCUGGCACCACCUAGUGGACGGAAAGGGCAGAGCGGCUACAGGUUUUGGGUGGCCUGAGCCUGGCCCUCCUGUUGUCUUCUGAUUUCACAGAAGCCCCAAGCACCAAACCCCACAGUUUAUCCAAGUAAAAUCUAGUUUAAAUAAUCCUAUGGGACAGCCUGUGAGAAGCAAAAUUCCCAGGAAGGGCUGUUUCUGGUACUUUGCCUCUGAAUGAGGAUAGAAGGUUGGGGGCUCUAGGUUGCCUAGGGUAGUGAGCAUCCAGUGUUUUAGUCACCAGGAAGCAGACCCGCCUUGUUUUCCCAUCUUAAAUUAAGGAUUCUCUCCACGGACCCUCAGGACCAGCUUCCUGAAGCUUAAUGAUCGAAGCUUCAGAAAAAAGUCAUUCUCUCUAGUGACCAUCACACAGGAUCCAGAGAGCC